AGGUCACCACUGGAGGGGACAGAUUAUAAGUAAUGAGGCAUCUCCAGUGACCUCAGACACCCAGGGUGAGGUACAGGGGUUUAGUGUGUGACCCUUAGCGGCUGUAGGAACCAGAGCAUGAUAUGACACACGUAAAGUAACGUUGUUGGUUCACUGGUGGCACACUGAGCUAGGACACUACCAUAAAACCACUGCAUGGUGACAUUUUCAUGAAAGCAUUCGAGUGACAGACUGAGCAGACCCACAGUGGCCAUGUCUUAUGACACCAGUCAGAAGUUCACUUUGUUUGAUGCCAGACUCCACCGAAACAGCAGCCUUGGGAGACAAGCCCAUUGCUUUAAUAUAGAGAAAAACCCACACAAGACACCUAAUAUAUGUGGACUCACUGUGAACCACCGGAAUGAUAUAGUAUUGAUGGAUGGAAAAGCACAAAGGCUGAAGACAUUUCGGUACAGUGGAACCCAAAGGCAUCAAUUUGGCUCCACGUUAUUCAGCAAGAUAUUUGUCCAGCCUAAAGAUGUGGCUAUCCUGUCCAACAGGAACAUAGCCAUAGCUGACCCAGGGGAUGGAGUGGCUAAGAUAUAUGACCGGACUGGUCACUACUUGCUCCAGUGUGGACGCGACCUCCUGAUGUCACCCUGCAGCGUGACGACCAAUCACAAGGGAGAAAUCCUCCUAUUGGAUAGUUAUUUACGCCAGGUUCAUUUCUUCACCCCUCAUGGGCACCACCUGCGCCACAUACCAAUAGAAAUCACCCAGGAGAUGGACGACGACUGCUACAUCGCGGUUAAUAAAUUUAAUGGCGACAUUCUACUGUCUGACAACAUUGGCAACAAGGUGAAAGCUUUCAGUCAGAAAGGAGAACUGCUGUGGGAACAGUGUGGGCUUGAAGAGGGACAAGUCCAGAUGCUUGACCCCUGUGGCAUAUGCUCAGAUAUCUAUGGCAAUGUAUUUGUUGCUGAGAAAAAUAACUAUAAAGUCACAAUGCUCUCUCAUGACGGCACAUUUAAGGGGUAUAUCGCCACUGAGGAUAACAAGAUAGAUGUCCCACAGGUGGUGGCAAUAGACAACUACGGGCAAUUGGUGGUUGGGGAGGCAUACAGCGGGAAAGUCAAGUUCUUCACGUACCAACCAUGAAGGAAGUGUUCAUAAUCUAGAGAACACUUCAAAGUACAAGCAAAAAAAGUUGUUUUGAAAAUGCAAAGAAACCUGAAUUCAGAUAAAAUUAUAUUCCACCUAGAAACCAUCAACACAAUUUGUGAAGAGAAAUUUUUAGAUGCAUCCUGUCCACUUACUA